AUGAAUCGAAAUCUUAUUUUUGUAUUUUUAUUGAUCGCACUUUCUGUGGUCAGUGCUGUUCCGCAUCCACUUUAUAAAAAAUCAUAUCCUAUCGCCUCCGUUUCCCCCGACCACAAUCAUUGUUGCCCUGACGACGACCCCGAACAAGAUAAACAAAAUAGAGAAAAUGGAUUGGUUAAUGAAGAAUGGGAAAAUGUAUUUCUAAAAAAUUAUCCUUUGAGUCCUUUAGGUGAAGAUUUUGGAAGUUUUGGUAAAGAAUUAAAAAAAGAACUGAAAGAAAAUAAUGAAGAAGGAAUAGCAACAAUGAUGUUACCUAAUACCGGAAUGACCAUCACAAAAUCUCAAUGGAUUUUCGCUUUAUUUAUUAGAAUUGAUCAACUCUUGACAUCAAAUCAAAUGGUAAUCUUAAGAGAAAUGUGUAGAAAAUGUAUUACUAUACGUAAAAAUUUGGUGAUACGAAAAGAUUUGAUGAAAGAAUUAUUUACGGUGGUUACAACUAUGACAUCUUUAAAUAUGAUAAUUACUAUUAUAAGAAAUUAUUUUGGACAACAAGAUUUUGGAUAA